AUGUCGCCUCCGCCUCUCGUGUACGAGCGGUACGCCAAGCUCGUCUCGAGAGGCGCGCCCGACUCGGUCGACUUCCUCAACGGCCAGCACGGCCACGGCUCCCGUCCGCCGCUCACCGCGCUGUUGGUCCGGUCACCGCGCGCCCGUCUCACGCAGGCGGACACGGCAACGUGGCAUAUCGCCUCGGAGGUUGGCGCGGGCCUCGUAUUCGUCGCCGCCGCCUCCAUCGCCCACCACCCCAACACCGUCCCUCGCUCCGCUUGGAUGCUCGCCAAGCUCAACGCCGGCGCAGUCUCGCUCGAGGCGUGGCCCGACUUUGAGAUUGUCACCGAGGGGCCAAAUACGGAGGAGGAGCCCUUCCUGCUCGAGGAGAUCGGGGGAUUCCCACUCCAGUGUCGUCUCUAA